AUGUCGUAUAUGGAUUUAGAAAAUUUGAUAAAGGAUGAGGGAUAUAGGAAUAUCAAAUGUAUAUGGUACUGUAACCCUAAGUUUUGCUUUAGUCGUGGCCUUAGACCCAUAAACUGUGAUAAUGAUGUUCUUAAGUUUUAUAAGGAUAUUAAGGGUUUUGAAUUAGUGGAUGUGUAUGUUGAGCACUCAAUAGAAGUGACUCAUGUUGUUAAGGAUGAUGUUGAUGGUUGUCCAAACUAUGGUGAUGAUGAAGCUGAUUCUGAUGUUGAAGUUAUAAGUAAUCUUAUUGAGGUUGAGGCUGAAGUUGAAAAGGACAAUGUUAAGGCUGAAGUUGAAAAGAAUCAUGUUGAGGCUGAAGUUGAAAAGGAUCAUGAACCUAUUGGAAUGGAUGAUUCUGAUGAUGAUGAUGAUGAAGACUAUAUUGUAAGUGAGAGUGAGAUAAGUAGUUAUAGUCAUGAGUUGAAUGAGUGUGAUGUUGAUUAUGAUUCAGAUAUGUUGCAUACACCUAAUGAGAGUGACAAUGAUGAGGAACAAGAAAAGUUUCCUUCUUUUAAGAGUGAUUCCUCAAAGUUUGAGCUAGGUAUGGUGUUUAGUAACAAGGAAAAGAUUCAUGAGGUUGUGGCAAACUAUGAUUUGAAGAUGAACAAAAAUGUCAUAUCAAGAAAAAUGAUGGACAGAAGAUGGCAAGCAAAGACUACAUAUUUGGCUAAGCAGUUUGGUCACAUUCUUAGACACAACCCUGAUAUGAAGCCAGCAGGAUUGAUUGCUCAAGCUAUUGAUAGAUGGGGAGUGAAUUUGUCACGUGAUCAGGCAUAUAGAUUUAAAAGAAAGGCUAUUGAUUUGUUACAAGGUGCUUCGAUGGACCAAUUUAACCAUCUGAGAAGCUAUGCCCAAGAGUUACUGAAAUCUAACCCUAAUAGUAGUUUUGUGAUUAGAUGUUCUCCUUCAAAUGAAGGCCAUGUAUUUGAAAGGAUUUAUGUAUCUCUAGAGGCUUGCAAGUAUGGUUUUGCAAUGUACUUUAGGCCAUUGAUUGGGUUGGAUUCCUUUUUCUUGAAAGACUUGGAAGCUAUAAACAAAAGAGCUUAUGCUUUUAUUUCUUACCAACAAAAGGGAUUGGUACCAGCAAUUCAAACGGUGAGUGCUCGUGUGGAGCAACGCCUUUGUGCAAAGCACCUAUAUGGAAAUUGGAAGAAGAAAAGUCCAGAUCUUGAAUUCAAAGAGGUAAACAACAUGUGUGAGACUUUCAAUAGGGAAAUUUUGGAAUAUAGGGAUAAGCCAAUCAUCACUUUAUUGGAAGGGACUAAACACUACCUUACAAAGAGGCUAACUAAGAAAAAAGAGUAA